GCCGUGCGCGAGGAGAUAUGAUCGAAACAUACGGUUAUUUCACAGGUAUGACCAAGAGGUAGUGCCAGAUUUGGGCCAGGUGCAUGGGCCUACCAGAGGUCAUGAUAAGAAAUUGUACAUUCCGAGGUCAGUAACUGAGAAACGUAAGAAUUCUUUUUACAUAAGAAUGAGGAAACCUUGGAAUAGCCUAAGUAAUGAAUUAGUAAAUGCACCCAGUGUCCACAGCUUCGAGAAUGGACUGGAUAAGUAUUGGAAACGUGAACCUGUGAAGUACAAGUUUGACGCUGACCCACCAGGACAUGAUCCGGCCAACCUAAAGAGGAGACAGAAUUUGGAACUGAAUAUAGAGUCUUAGACUGCGUUCAGAAGCAUCCAUAAGUAUCCAUAAAUGUCCAUCAAUUUGAGAUGUAUACUUUUGACCUGAUCAUGAUCUUAGCCUAUCAACAUUGGCGGACUGCUGCGCUGUACCUAGGAAUUGGAGCUCUAUAUACGGUGUACUAUCUCAGAUAUGUUGUCAAGAAUCCUGUACUAGCCUGUGGAAACCCGAAGUUCCAGCGUCUUCUUCAGAGGUGUGUCCCAUCCCUAACCAAGCCAUACUGGCCAACAUUUCUAGGCUUUGGGACCCACUUACAGACCGUGGGUCAUGUGGCGUUCCAGCCUUUUGUCGGGAAACACAAUUACAGGAGCGAGAAACUGAGUACCCCCGACGGAGGUGAAAUUGUGUUACAUUGGUUGGAGAAACAAUUAGCAGAUGAUGCUACUGAGCCUAUAGUUAUCUUAAUACCUGGACUAACGGGUGAUAGUCAGAGCAUCUAUGUGAAGCACAUGGUGGAUGAUGUCCUUAGCGUAGGAUGUAGGGCCGUAGUAUUCAACCAGAGAGGAUUUGGAGGAGCAGAGAUCAAGACUCCGCGUACAUUCUGUGCUGGUAGCACCGAUGACAUUCACUUUGUUUUGAGCCACAUUCACCAAACCUACCCUGACGCACCUCUUUUAGCCAAUGGAGCAUCAAUAGGAGGGAUAAUGCUAUUGAACUACUUAGCGGAGUACGGCAGUCGAUGCGUACCCCUUGCUGGUGCUAUGACAGUGUCCGUUGCCUGGGAUCUCGUGGAAUCGGCCAAGUCGUUGGAGAAACCUGUCAAUAGCAUCCUUUAUAACUACACUUUAACAUUGAACCUCAUCAGGCUUGUCAAACUAAAGGGAAUUCUAUUUAAGGACCAUUUUGAUUUGCCUUCAGUCUUUAAGUCUCGGUCUCUGAGAGAGUUUGAUACUCACCUGACGGUCAAGGUCUUUGGCUACCGCGAUGUCCACCAUUACUACAGCAGCUCCAGCCCCAAGGGUAAGCUGUCUAAGAUCACGGUACCCACCCUCUGUCUCAAUGCUGCUGAUGAUGCCUUCUCACCCAUCCACACUAUUCCUCUUGAUGAAGCUAAAAGGUCGCCCAAUGUUGCCAUAGUGAUGACCUCUCGUGGUGGCCAUUGCGGAUUCAUGAAGGGUAUUUUUCCAAGUGGUGGUAAGACGUACAUGAGCGAAAUCUUCUCAGAGUUUGUAGGCGCCAUCUUCAAUGAAGGAAAAGAUUAUCUUUCACGGGAUUGACCAACUCCAUUCUGAGAUUAUAUGGUAAUAAUUAUUAUAAAAAUGGUACAAUAGUUCUGGGUAUUGAAAAGAAAAGAAAAUCUUUGGAAUAGGUUAUCGUGUGAGAAUACAGAAAAAAAAAGAAGAAUAAGAUCUAUGAAAUUGUCAGGAAAAAAAUUGGCAAUCAGUAAGAAAGUCAUAAAAAGCAUUUGAAUGUUGAGAUCACUAAUGCUUUGGAGAUACUCACAUUGAAACAAUCCCUUCUAAGGUGCUUGAUCUUAGUUAUUUCACCCAGCUUCUCAAUAUUUUGAUAACUUUAUAGAUGCAAAUCAUUCAUGUCUUUCAUCUAAUAUCUAAUGUUUUGAUUAAUUUGUAGUUUGUAUCUACCACAAAAAGUGAGAUUUGGUUUUUCAAGUGUUGUGAGUGCCAUAUUCAAUGAAGAAAAUUGUACCAAAAAAAUAUGAAAAAGUAAUGAAAACGUAUGUAACGUUUGAAUGAACUUGACAAUUUUUUUAAGUUGAAUAUUAUUCAUGUCUUUCAAUGAUGAUAUUUUUCUAGUUUAUUCAUAUUUCCCAAGAAUGAUGCAGCCAGAAGUGAUUUUUCACUGCUUAAUUGUUUGGUAUCAGGGAUGGCAGUGGCAUGUGGCUCCAGGGCCUGACAACAUUUUUUGAAGGAAUUUUAUGCAUGCAUUGCGCACGACACGAGCCCGAAACGCAAGCACAAAGUCCCACCGGCUCGGGUCCCUUGUAAAGUGCAAGCUCGCUCUAGAUGCUCUCUGUUGCAAUCUGGGCAUAUCAGAGGGGUCUUUCCUCCUCAAAUUUUAUUAUACUUUAUAGAUAAAUCUGAUGUAUUUUGUAAGUAAAAGGUAAAAAGAAAACGAGGCUCAUAAAAUAUAUAGAUCUAGUCACGUUAGAUUCUAAUUCAAGGCUUUUUCAAGCCAUCAAAUUUAUUGUUCACACCAGGAUCAAUAAACACCACAACAGUGUCUCUUCAAAUCUCCAUUUUUUAUAAGUGAUGUAGUCAAAUAAAGCAAGAGGGUGCUAGCGAGCACCGGUUGCCUGCCUGGCCGGCUAGGCCCGUCGUGGAUGAGAGCGAUGGCUUGCUCCACCCCAGUACAUGCACCACCACUGACGCAGCAAAACACACGAUGAUCAAAGCAAAAGCAAAAAUAAACCCCCAAAGUUGCGUAUUCACAAGAUAAAUUUCCUAAAUAAUAUCCUUUAAAAGUGCUAUAGUAAGGGCUCCCAAGUGUCAAAUGCAUGCUGUAAACUAACAAGUUUGUUUGGCUUUAUCCAGACCUCAAAAAGAAAAUCGAAUGCAAUAGAGAUGGCUGGUUUCCAUUUCAGUCGUUCUGAAAUAUAUGCGCACGCCAAUGCAUACAUGUAAUGUACUAUAAACGUAACAUGAAUAUAACACGCAAUUCAGACGCUACAAGAAUCACCCUUGGAGGAGUCUAAUUUUUGUUUUGUCUGUCUUGUAAUUUUCGCACCAUAUUUUUUGCUAUUGUUUAUUCUCUAUUAUCAUCUAUAUAGAGUGUUUAAGUGAUGCAUUAAAAACGCGUAUUUUGAUCUGCAUCAAUUGCUCAUGCAGUAUUAGAGCGUAUCCCUAAAAAGGAACGAAAUCCGACGAAUAUCCCAUAGGCUCCUGUACAAAAUUUGGUAUCGAAUAUGAGAGCAUAUUCAACAGGUUAGGGCGCGUGCGCGAAUGUGUGAAAAAUACAACUCGUACAACAAUGAAAGCAAUGCAACGCGCAGCAUAGGGCACAACUACGCUCAACGACGUCAUAAUGAACUACAUGAAAGUCGCAUGUCAACAACCAAAUUUGAUCCUAUGAAGUGAUAAUGGCAUAAUGUGAUAAGUGACUUGUUAAAUCAAAUUGCUCUCUCUUUUUUUUCUGGGGGGGGGGUGGUAUAGAUGACAAUAAUUAUAUUGGAUGGCUUUAUUUCAUGAAAUAACAGAAAUAUUCCACUUGUUAGGGCCAAUAUUCCUGAAUUCUUCAACUUGGAAUAUUACUGGUAUUCCAUUCUGAGCCAUCCAAUAUAAUAUAAUUAUCUUUUCCGGCUUAUCAGCGAUGGGAUCAAAAGAAAAGACAGACAGUUAUUGUCAAAGCUGGAAUUUAUGGUAUAAAAAGGUGGAAAGCUGGAAAUUCGGCUAUAGCCGGAACUGGCAUCCCUGUUGAUACAUAUAAAAUUGAAUAAGAUAUGUUUUUUUGUUCUCAAGAAUCAAUAUUAUUGCAUUGCAUAAUAAAAUGCAAAUAUGCUGAUUCAGUUCAUCUGCUAAUAUAUGAUAGUUCUAACUCUAAAGACCCCCAAAAAAUGUCGAGAUAAAGAAAAAAUCUUGCCACUAUUGAGUUUGGUGAUUGAAAUCCACACAUUUAUAUUUUUUCCAGUUUUUAGUAUAUCAAUGUAUGUCAAAUAAUAAUCAUUCAAUAUUGCUUGAAAAAGAGGGUGAUAUAGUCUGGAAAUAAGAAAUAAAGCCUUCAUUUUGUUGUCUGCCACCACAUUAGGCUCCCAUGUUGCUCGCUCAAAAGAAACAGGUACAGUGUACCUCUAAUUCCAAGGGUACAACACUCACUUGUAGUCGGCUUAAAUGCAAUACUCCAAAAUAUGUUCAGUUCAACCUCAUAGAUACAAUAUAUCUAUUAUGUGUAUUCAUAAUGCAUUCACAAAUCUAGUAAUGUUGGAAUACAGGGUUGCUUUUUCGGGGUUUUAGAUUGUUCGUGUAAAUCUUUGUUGCAUUACAGUAAUCAAGGGGUCUGAAUUUUGUUGCUCGGGAUGUACAUAUGACAAAAAUAUGCAUGUAGCAUUGAAAAUGUGAUUGAUAUUUAUGGCCAAGAAGCUUACUUUGGGAUGUAGUCAAAACAGGCAAUACAUUUUUAUCCAACGACAUUUUACCAAAUGCGAUUUAUAUUGAUUUGUAAAACUUUAGAUUUCUUAAUUGAUACCAUCGUUUGAACCAAAUUUCUCAGUUUUAUAGACACAUUGUACCUCUCCCAAAUGCUUAGUUAUGUAUUAUUAAUCAGUUUCUCACUGGAAAUGGAUGGGAAUAACAGAAUGUAGGAUUAAGAGCUAACUGGUUAACUUGAUGCAAAUGGGACAGUGAUAUUGACAGAAGGAUGUGUGAGUUAGACCGAAUAUCCUGAACGAUGCAACUGUUAUGAUACUUCUUGCCUUAAAUUGUAAACCAAUGUAAAAUGAAAACUAAGAAUCGAAAGAUACCUCAUUAGUUUAUGUUGUAUUCAAUAUAGCAUCAUUAAUUCGUAUUGUCAUUUCAUGUAUAUAAUCAUAGAAUCUUUAUAAGAUAUUUAUAUCAUUUAGAAGAUAUUGAGUACUUUUACUUGUGAUUAAAAAUGAUUUAUAUUGAAAUUU